UUAAGGGCGGAUCAUACCAGGCUACGAUAAACCCAUCCUUUGGCAUGAGCCAAACCUAUAAUCUAGUUCUACUUCAAAACAAAAUCACAUGGGCCCCAAGUCAAUAUGCUGCGACGGGCAAACUUAAAUAACCAAACGGCCUACCUUAAAUCGAUGUCUUGAUCACAGGACUUCUUGCAAUAUUCCACUUUAAUCCAUACGGUUUAACACACCAACAUUGCUAGCAAGCAUGUGAUAACAUUGUAUUGCUAAUUCAGAACUGUGUAGGCUACAAUAUUUUCUUCCGUUUCUUGACCUCAGCAUAACCCCCCUCCGAACAACUGCCAAGUCCAACACAAGUCUGGCUAUUAACGAGCCCAUCCUCAGCCUCACCAUCGCGAGUCGUGUUUGAACUUGAUUUCUUUCGAAAUAGUAAAAACUUGUCCAUAUUUUUUAAGCGCCAACGAGCCGGCAACGAACAUCUCUGACUGAUAAUCUCGCCGCGAGAUGUCCGCAUAUUUGAAAUGUUAUUUAUUUUUCGUAAGACUAUGCUAUUAAUGAAAUUAUUGUUUCAUGUACAUUAAAUAAUAAUUAAUUAAUAUUGUACAUAUUGCUUGGGAUAGUUUGUGUUAAUUGUGUGUAUGUGUUUUUUUUUAAUCUGUUCAUGUCACUUACAGAGUGUGCGCAUGCCCAACGCUCGGGAACUGGGCACGGUGAGGGGGAGGGGAGGAGAGGAGAGUCCCAGGCUGACUCGUGUUCAUUUGAACGACAGUCCAGUCACGGCCCUGAAAUGUUGACGCUACUCACUGAUUAUGCACUUAAUCUGGUGAUUCAUAUGACAGGAAUGGUCGGUAUGGUGACGGGUACCGCAUUCGGCCAUAAAACAAAGACCGUUUAGACAACGUGAUAUUUCUGCUUUUUUAUUUCUGGGGGAGGAGGCUACGAAAUGGGGAAACUAUAAGUAAAAGACCGUGGGUGCACAUCCAAAAGGUCAGCACGCUUUUUGGCUCAUCUGCAUUUUCUCCGAAUCCCCCGCCUCCAUGUUUUUCACAGAAACAGCGACAUUCUGAACAGCAGAUCAUAUAAAACAACCCGACAUGGAAACCUCCACAGCCUUCUGCUUGGGCCACUGAGGACCUACCUUGGUGAAGACUCCCAGAGGGCCAGAGACAUGGGGAAAUGGGGAUGGCGAGUGGACGCCUCCCGUUGGUCUCUUCAACUGCUGCUGCUCCUGGCCUCGUCAUCACUGACUCUGGCCACCAACCUUACCGGUCUCAAAUGUCUGUGUGACUUCAACACCACCAUCUCCUGUGAUUGGAACAGCUCUUUAUCGGCCCAGUUUCCUCCCAUCACGGCUGCCACCUCAUGCAAGCUCAAAACCGAAAAGAUACGCCCCGGUGGUGUAUCAGCUAGCUAUAAAUCGGAAUGUGAUAUGAGGCCCCGGGACCCUGCUCACCCAGCCUUACGAGCAUGCAGCCUGGUCUUACCACCAAAUUUGAGCCAGGGGUUUAGACACAGUGAUAAGUGGAAAAUUGUUCUGGACUGUGAGUCUGUGAACACCACCACCAUCAUCUACAGGCCAGCAGACUACGUAAAGCUGAAGAGACCCAGCACGCCUGAGGUCAACCUGACCGCCGUCUCCUUAUUCUCUGAGGUCCCUAGAUUACAAUGGAUUGACUGGCGUGACAUCCAACUGCAGUGGAUAAAAGUGGGUCAACCAUGGGGGGCUCAGAACAUUACGAUGGAAACCGAGUGCAAACCCCUGUGCCAGAUGGAGUUAACCGGGCUGGAGAAGAGAGGGCGGUACCAGGCGCGCAGCCGAGUCCGUCCUAGCGAGGCCGUGUACAAAUCAGAGUGGAGCGACUGGAGCCCUGUGUUGCACUGGGUCUCUGCCGUCGGGACGGAAGUAUCAUCAACGACAGAAAGAGAGUUUGUUAUGCAGUGGGAAGCUCUGGUGACAGCAGUCGUAGGUGCAGUGGUGUUUCUGUCCCUAGCCAUCAUCGUCUGCAAGACAGACAGAGAGACCUGGGUGUUCAUGGUGAAGAAGAUCAGUGGUCCUCCUCUGCCAAACCUGGAUCACUUACUCGGUCCUGAAGGCAAAUCUCUGGUUUGGCUGAAGCCUGGCUUCCCCAGCGAGUCCCAUCACACCCUGACUGGGCUAGAUUUGAUCUCCUCAGUGGAGGUCACCAGCCGCCAGUCUGCAACACUGAACCUCAGGGCCUCCUCCAAACACAGCCGGUCUGCACCACUUGCGCAGGAGCUCAAGGCCGCCUCCAGGUACUCCAACCCAAGCUAUCCCCACCUGCUCCUCCACGUCGAGGCCCACCCUAACCUGAAGCCCUGCAGCGCCGACUCCCCUUAUGGACCCAUGGGCGGGGGAGCCGUGGGUGAGGCGGCAACGGGAGGAACAGAGGAGUAUCAGGGGGAGGGCGGAGAAGGAAGGGCUCCAUCGGACCUGAAUCUACUCAACAUGAUCCCCGGCGCUCCUAUCGGCACUACCGGGUCCAUGAAGUUCUGCAAGAGAUACGAAGAGGUGGGAGAGGGAGGAGGCAGCACGGCUGAGGGUGGGUCUCAAGGUUCAGAGAGUCAAGAAGAGGAAGGAGAAGAAUCGCCGAUUGAAAAGUUGCUGAGUCAAGGAUUCGUCCGGGGAGAUAUCAUAGGUCAGGGGUCACUGGAGGUUUGUUUGGACUAUGAAAAGGUCGGGUCACUGGAGGUUUGUUUGGACUAUGAAAAGGUGGGGUCACCGGAGGUUUGUUUGGACUAUGAAAAGGUCAAGUUGCUUGAAGUUAGAGCCAUGAGCCCUGACUCAGGUGUAGGCAGUGGGGGGGAGGAGCAAGUCAGUGUGGAGAGCCUGGAGGGUGUGGAUUUCUCUCUUGGCACCAAAACAUUUACAUUUCCUCCGCUUUCGGGCACAGAACUACGACUCCCUGGUUCACUUAUCGAGAGUUCCCCGUUUUUCCCAGGGCAAGGACCGAGUUCAUCCUUGUCAUUUAAUUCGGGAGAUGGCGUUUCCAUGACGAGUACAACCACAUUGCUGCCCUCUAGUGGCGGAUAUAUGCCAGUGUAAACACAACUGAAAACUGAAAAUACCUAUCAUCAUAUUAUCUAUGCAAUGUCAAGUUAUUAUUUUUUUGGGGAUAUUUUUGCAUUAAAAACUGAUUAUUAAUUAUUCACUAUGAACUUUCGCACUCAUUGUUAGGCUACACAUUGAAGUGGUGGCAUAGGCUUAUCGUUCAUCCUUAAACCCCUAACAACCUAUGAUAACUGCUUUAUUUAUAUUCCAUAGCAUAUGUUAAGCAUCAACGAGGGUUUAACGUUUCAAAGAGACCAAUCAUAUCUCCUUAAAUAGAGUACUAAUAGCGUAGGUGAAUACAGCUGGAGUCCGAGGUGAAUUCGGUAUCUAUUUUAACCGUUUUUGUUCCCUUAAAGCGCUGUUGCUGGGUGUCAACCCUCUACGUCACAAACACCUGUUGCCUGCAAGCUUCGCACUCGCAGCUUCACCUGAAGAUUGAUGGAUCAGAUGACGUCUCGUUUAACGAUAGAUUGCUAUUUUCGUUUUUUAAAAAUUGCGAAUGAUUGUGAGAUCAACACAGCACUAAUAUGACACGAAUUGGAUGUAGGUGAUCUUUGGAAAAUAUUUGACCGAUAUUUAUCUUUGGACACAUAAGCCUAGAAUCGGCGACGUUUUGCGAGGAGCAGGCAGGUGUUGGUGAUCCUUGCGAAACGUCGUCGGAUUAAAAUGUGCAAGACUAAUGGUUAUUCACAGAAUUAACUGCGCGUUUUGUAAUGGCUCCCCGGCAUGGCUCCACCGAACUGCGGGUCAAGAACUCUGAGGUGUCACCUGUGGUAGUGGAUCAACAGGUAAAUGCAGCGACGGACAAGCUUGACGGCUUUUCUUUGUGAACCGUAUGAUACAGAAUGUACAUUAAACCAAAUAAUGAGCUAUUUGUGUCUGUCUAUAUGUCUAUAUCAAUAGGCUUAUUGUAGAAGGUCAUGUCAAUUCGGCCUACCAAAUGUCUAUAACAAUAUCAAUCAAUCCACGACCUGAUCCAACUACUUUAGUGCAUACUGCACAAUGCAGAAUCACUGGUUUGCCAUGUUUCUCCGAAUUAAAGAGAUUAUUUUCUCAAAAUUCCGAAAUAAGUUUUCAUGGAGAAUAAGCUCAACCCCACCGCUAGAAGGCCUACUACAUUUUAAAC